CUCUUUCGUCAUUUCCGUUAUUGUGAAUUGCUUCCUGUUGUGUUUAAUGCCCGGUCUAAACGCAUAAAUGGCCCGCCAAAGAGGGUUAAAAACAUAACGGAGCAUAAUAAAACGUAAAAAAGGUGUAAUAAAUUUAUAGCAGAAACCUGUGGAAUACUAUGUUCAAAACGAUGACUGAAUUUGGUCCAGAUUCCGGGGGGCGCGUUAAGGGAGUGACCAUAGUGAAGCCCAUUGUGUUCGGAAAUGUUGCCCGUUACUUUGGCAAAAAGAGAGAGGAAGAUGGACACACACACCAGUGGUCUGUUUAUGUCAAACCUUACAGAAACGAGGACAUGUCUGCCUAUGUAAAGAAGAUUCAGUUCAAGUUACACGAGAGUUAUGUUAAUCCACUCAGAGUGGUCACAAAGCCUCCAUAUGAGAUUACAGAGACAGGAUGGGGAGAGUUUGAAAUCAUCAUCAAGAUCUUUUUUAUUGACCCCAAUGAGAGACCAGUUACUCUGUACCAUCUACUGAAGCUGUUCCAGUCAGAUUCCAGCGCCAUGCCCAAGAAAACCGUCGUCUCUGAGUUCUAUGAUGAAAUGAUUUUUCAAGAUCCAACAGCAAUGAUGCAGCAGCUGCUGACCACAUCCAGACAACUCACCCUCGGUGCCUAUAAGCAUGAAACAGAGUUUGGUGAACUGGAGCAGAAGACAAAGGAGAAACUAGAAGCAGCAAAGAAGAGAACGAGCCAAGAAAUCACAGAGCUGAAAGAUAAGCUGAAAGCCAGCAGGGAGAACAUCAACCACCUGAAGGCAGAGAUAAGGAAGCUGGAGGAGGAUGGAGAUCAUAAAGAGCACUGAAAGGUGCUAAAGAAGAAAAAAA